UGUGGCUGCAGACUGGAGCCAGAGAGCAAAAUGCUGGAGAAGAUUCAGAAGGCGCUCAGGAUUCGUAGCAGCACUGUCAGGGAGCUGCUGGCAGAAGCACUGGGGAUGUUCAUCCUCAUGGUCUUUGGCUUGUCUUCUGUGGCACAAGUGGUAUUAGGAAGAGGAGACUUCGGGCAGCAUCUGAGCGUCAAUCUGGGAUUUGGCAUUGGUGUUACCUUGGGCAUCCACGCGGCUGGAGGAAUCUCUGGAGCUCAUCUGAAUGCUGCCAUCACCCUCACACACUGCAUUUUAGGAAACCUCCCCUGGAGAAAGCUCCCAGCUUAUCUGAUCGGCCAGUUCCUGGGCUCCUUUGCAGCAGCAGCCACUGUCUUCGGCCUUUACUAUGAUGCUCUGUAUGACUACACCAAGGGGAACUUUACAGUGACAGGACCCACAGCCACGGCAUCAAUCUUCGCCACUUACCCUGCUCCCUAUGUAUCCUUGGUGGGGGGCUUCUUCACAGAGUUUACAGCAACAGUGAUGCUGCUUCUGGGCAUUCUGAUUAUCCACGAUGAGAAAAACAAUGGAGCCCUGAAAGGCACGCAGGCCCUGCUCACGGGUAUCCUGGUCCUGGGCAUUGGCCUGGGGAUGGGGAUGAACACAGGCUAUGCCAUAAACCCCUCUCGGGACCUGCCCCCCAGGCUCUUCACGGCAAUUGCUGGCUGGGGAACGGACGUCUUUACGGCUGGACAUCACUGGUGGUGGGUCCCACUCACAGCUCCGAUUCUGGGAAGUCUUGCUGGUGUUUUAAUCUACAAACUCUUAAUUGAUUUUCACAACCAACCUGUCCUGGAAAGCAGAAAUGAAAAAGGGCAGCCAGUGGUGGAGACCUCUACGCUGUGAUGGGCACACACUCCAAGGAAAGGGCCUGACAGCAAAGUCUAUGUGGAUGUAUGAACAGACAGGCAAAGGGUAACAAAGGGGAUAAGGGCAUGUGCAAUGGUGCUGCUGGAGCACCCCAUUUCUCCACCCUGCAGGUGGAGAAAUGAGGGACUAGUUUCAAUAAAUGUACUCUGCUUAACCAGACAAACUGUGUCUCUGAGACACUGGGCAGACCUGGGUAGGGCUAGACCUGUCUGUGACCUGAAGAAAUUAUUCAAUCUCCCUUUGUAAAAAUCUACCAAAAAAAGAGAAAUCAUCACAUUCGGGAGAAAAGUAAAGCAGAGCUUCAAGACCCCAGAUACCUACAGAUCCACAGAAAUCAAAAUACAGGAUCCAACAGUGGCAGAAACAACUUAAUUAACUUAAAGAACAACUUAAUUAAUUUUAUCUGGAAUAUUCUUUGAUAAGAGGUAGAUACCACACGGACCGGUCAGAGGCUUAGGCUUGCUUUCAUUUGCUAAUCUGCCAUCCUAACAAACACCUGGUUUGGCAGAGCACAGGGAAGAGAAGGACAGUCUGAAAUGGAAGUCUGAACCUGAUUUUUUUUUUUUUUUGCAUGCCCUGUUUUGGUUUUUGCCUUUUGAUCUGAACAUUCAGGAAGCACCAAAAAAUUAGUAAACUAAACUACAGGGUCUCCUGAAUCCCACAACUCUGCUGGAACAUGUUGGUGUCAUGGAACUCUGUGUGUUACUGACAGGCUAGACUUUAACUACCACCAUAUGAAAGGAUUCAGACAACUUCUGUGGCACCAUCCCCAAAUGCUCAAAUGAACAAACAAAAACCCAAACCCUUUCAUCCACUCUGAAUGCAUGAGAGCUGUGGGAAGAGGCUGCCCUACUCCUGCAGGAAUUCUGCCACCUCCAUUUGAAUGAGAAGUGGGCCUGCAACAGCCUUACAGGUCUGAGGCAUCAUCGGAUUAAAAAUAAAACAGUUAUCAGAAGCUGCCUGUUCCCAGGAUGGUGACAACAGUCUUAGCUUUUCUAGAAAUUGCUUAAGCAAGUAUGGUACAUAUGUCAAGCAUGUGACUGCAGUUCCAGGGCUGGCUACCACAAAGACACAACACAGGGAUCUCCAAGACUAGGAAGUGACCGUACAUCACUACCACACAGAACUCCAGAAAAUGGCAUUUACUGGCUCUAAUGGUCAUUGACAUCUCACUACUAGUAGGAUUACUGCUGUAUUACUGUGGCAUAGGGUGGGGUGGUAGGUAUUGAAAUCUCUGCUUCCUCAGAGCAGACCUUGUUAUUAGUAGAGCAGCUACAGCAGAUCUUCACCCAGCAUAAGACACACAUCAGCUUAAGAGAUCAUAAGAGGAAUUUCUGUCAUUUUGGGGGUGGCAGAGGGCAGCUCCCAGGCAAUGCAGCAACUGCACUUGAGGGUGGGCCCUGAGCAGCACUGGAAGCCAGCAAAGCACGCCAGAGCUGGGGCUGAUGGCUGCAGAAGUUUUGAACAGUGAGCACAGGACAGAAGUGGAACAGCUGUCACACAGCUGAGUCUUUUGGUCUAUGUGAACUAAACUGAGAACUUCAGAGUAGCUCAGGAUGGGAUUAGCUAAAAAACACUGUAACCCAUCCCUUCUCAGCAAGAGUUUCUUCACUGCAUUAAAAAAAAAUCCCAAACGAUCUAGCCUGCACACUGCUUUUACCAUACAUCCUUGUGCAUGUGCUCCCAAAGGCAUCUUCAAAUACCGAAUCACUCUGGAGG